AUGCAUUUGAUGUACACAUUAGGUCCAGACGGAAAGAGAGUUUACACCUUGAACAAGGUUACUGAAGAUGGUGAAAUCACCAAGUCUGCUCACCCAGCCCGUUUCUCCCCAGAUGACAAGUACUCCAGACAAAGAGUAACCUUGAAGAAGCGUUUCGGUUUGUUGCCUACCCAAAACUAA